CUCCAAGAUGCUGGAUUGCAGGGCUGUGAUACUGCUUUGGCUCUUGCCUUGGACCGCUCAGGGCCUGGCCAUACCUAGGCGUAGCAGUCCUGACUGGGCUCAGUGCCAACAGCUGUCUCAGAACCUCUGCACGCUCGCCUGGACUGCACACCCACCCAUGGGACACAUGGAUCCAAGGGAAGAAGGGGCUGAAGAGACUAAUGGCGACGUCCCUCACAUCCAAUGUGGAGACGGUUGUGAUCCCCAAGGACUCAAAGACAACAGCCAGCUGUGCUUGCAAAGGAUCCACCAAGGUCUGGUUUUCUAUAAGCACCUGCUAGACUCGGACAUCUUCACAGGGGAGCCCUUUUUACUCCCUGACGGCCCCGUGGGCCAGCUUCACACCUCCCUGCUGGGCCUCAGCCAGCUCCUCCAGCCAGAGGGUCACCACGGGGAGACUCAACAGAUGCCCCGCCUGGGUCCCAGCCAGCAGUGGCAGCGGCCCCUUCUCCGGUCCAAGAUCCUUCGAAGCCUCCAGGCCUUUGUGGCUAUAGCUGCCCGGGUCUUUGCCCACGGAGCAGCAACUCUGACUGAGCCCUUAAUGCCAACAGCUUAAGGAUGGUACCCAGGUUCCCAGGGCAACAAUGAUGCAGGCAUCUAUAAGCUAAUUAGCCCAUUGGGACCUUUUGUUGUUGUUUUGUUUCCUGCGGAAGGGCAAGGACAGAUUUAUUAAAGAGAAAAACAAAAAGAACGAGACCCAGAGCAGGCAGCUCCCUAG